AUGAUUGUCAGUGGUUCUUCCCUACAAGAACAAAAUGAAGAAAUUUCCAGCAAGUUGACUGAGAGUCUUGGUGGUGAAAAACUGGAUGCUAUUUUCUGUGUGGCUGGAGGCUGGGCUGGGGGUAAUGCCAAAUCCAAAGAUUUUUUCAAAAGUGCUGAUGACAUGUGGAAGCAGAGUGUUUGGUCUUCAGUGAUUGCCUCGAAUCUGGCUUCCAAACACUUGAAAGAAGGUGGAGUCUUGACUCUACCAGGAGCGGCACCUGCUACUGAUGGCACUCCAGGCAUGAUUGGUUAUGGAAUGGCCAAAGCAGCUGUUCAUCAACUGACCAAGAGUUUGGCUGGCAAGAACAGUGGACUCCCAACAAAUGCUGUUGCAUUUGCUACUUUGCCAAUCACCUUAGAUACUCCAAGCAACAGGAAAUGGAUGGCCAAUGCUGACCAAACAGCAUGGACACCUUUGGAUUUUGUUUCUGAAAUAUUUUACAAGUGGUGCCAAGGACAAGAACGUCCUGUAAAUGGAAGUCUUGUGAAAAUGGUGACCAAAGAUGGCAAAACUGAAUUGGUCCUUUUGUAG